AUGGCUCCGACCGACGACACACCUGGAGUGACACCACCUCAGAAACGGCGCCGGAUGCGCGACGCUCAAUCACCAAACGCGCGCUCACCAGACGCGUCGAGACGACGGCCCGAUCGCGGAGGCAACAGCGACUACUAUUCCAAGACGAGAGACUCCUCUCGAUCGCCCACGGCACGACGACGGCGCGCCGUGUCAGCCUCUAGCUCAGGCGCCAGCACGCGGUCCGAAUCGCCCUCUCCCCGACGUCCCGCGCGGCGGCGCACCGCUUCGCACUCUCCCUCUCGAGCAUCCACCUCGUCCGAUCGCACGCGGACGGAAUCCUUCUCACCGAAGCCCGCCGAAGCGCAGGUGCAGCCAACACCUCCCUCGCCGUCACAGCAACACCCCACACCGCUGCAGCCCAACUACAAGCCGCGGCUGGCGCUGCACGGGCACACCAAGCCCGUGUCGCAGGCGCGCAUCUCGCCGGACGGGCGCUUCAUCGCGUCGGCGUCGGCGGACGCGACGGUCAAGAUUUGGGACGCGGCGACGGGCACGCACAUGGACACGCUGGUCGGGCACAUGGCGGGCGUGAGCUGCGUGGCGUGGGCGCCCGACAGCAACACGCUGGCGACCGGCUCGGACGACAAGGCGAUUCGGCUCUGGGACCGGGUGACGGGGCGGCCAAAGUCGACGGCACGCAAGUCGAUGGCAGGCGGCGGGAGCGUGGACAUGCCGCCGCUGCGCGGGCACCACAAUUACGUGCACUGCCUGGCGUUUUCGCCCAAGGGCAACAUCAUCGCGAGCGGAUCCUACGACGAGGCGGUGUUUCUGUGGGAUGUGCGCGCGGGGAGGCUGAUGAGGAGCUUGCCGGCGCACAGCGAUCCGGUAAGCGGGAUUGACUUUUCGCCGGACGGGACAUUGGUGGCGAGCUGUUCUACAGACGGUCUCAUUCGUAUUUGGGAUUCGGGAACCGGACAAUGCCUACGAACGCUCGUACACGAAGAUAACCCGGCGGUGGCCAAUGUGUGCUUCUCGCCCAACGGCCGCUACGUGCUCGCGUUCAACCUGGACAACUGCAUCCGGCUGUGGGACUACGUGGCGGGCAGCGUCAAGAAGACGUACCAGGGGCACAAGAACGAAAAGUUUGCCGUGGGCGGGUGCUUUGGCGUGCUGGACGGGUCGCCGUUCAUCGCGUCGGCCAGCGAGGACGGCGACAUUGUGCUCUGGGACGUCAUCAGCAAGGUCGUGCUGCAGCGGGUCCAGGGCCACAAGGAGGGCGUCUGUUUCUGGGUGGACGUCCACGGCGACACGAUGGUGAGCGCGGGGCAGGAUCACACGAUACGGGUGUACCGUCACGUUGGCGAGAGUAGGGCCGUCGCCGAUACGAACGGCGAGCUGUCAAACGGCGUCAAUGGAGUAUUGCCGGCGAAAGCGGAGGAGUUUGCGGGGACGCUGCCGAUCAGGCAGGAGGACGUCGAGAUGGAGAUUUAA